AUGAAGAUGGGCGUUUCACUAUAUCAGGGCCAUGCGGCCCACGGGGACCGCGUGGGUGAGACGGAGAAGGGUGACUACUUCUACCAGACUUUUCGUGACGGUCCGAGUGAUUGUAAGAGUAAAAGCGAAAGUUUGGACAUUCAGGAACGUGUUCGACGGUCUUUUGCUGUGCGCGUUAUGAUGAGCAUCGCCGCGUUUGUCCUGCUCUCGUUGGGCUAUUCUGUGACUGGAAAGCCAGUCUCAACUACGGUCCCUGACCAAUCCUCCUGCAACACAAUCGAGGGAGGAUACCAAUGCUUCUCUAACGUCUCCCACCUCUGGGGACAGUAUUCUCCCUACUUUGCCGUAGGAAGCCAGCCUGGCCUCUCCGCUGAGGUUCCGUCAGAGUGCCAAAUCACCUUUGCGAAUGUCCUCUCGCGGCAUGGCGCACGGUUCCCGACAGCAUCCAAGAGCUCCAAGUAUUCAUCCCUCAUCGAAGAUAUCCAGAACAACGUUACCUCGUUCCCGGACAAGUAUGCCUUCCUCGAGACGUACAAGUAUAAUCUAGGCGAGGACGACCUGACCCAAUUCGGUGAGAACCAACUCGUCAACUCGGGAAUCAAAUUCUACAACCGCUACGAAAACCUCACAAGGAACAUCGUCCCAUUCAUCCGUGCAUCUGGGUCAGACCGGGUCAUCGCCUCGGGCGAGAAAUUCAUCGAGGGCUUUCAAUCCGCUAAAACAAACGACACUCACGCAAAACCCAACCAAACCACACCCUCCGUCAAUGUGGUCAUCACCGAAGGCACCGAGUACAACAACACCCUCGACCACAGCAUCUGCACAAGCUUUGAAAACAAUGACGACUACGAAGACUACGUUGCAGGCAACUUUACCGGCCUCUUCACGCCCUCCAUCCGCAAGCGUCUUGAGUCCGACCUCCCAGGGACAUCCUUCUCGGACUCUCAGAUCACCUACCUAAUGGAUAUGUGUGCCUUUGACACCAUCGCGCGCACCCCAGAUGGUAGCAGUCUCUCCCCGUUCUGCGGCAUCUUCACGGACGAAGAAUGGAAACAAUACAAUUACCUCAACUCUCUCAAGAAAUACUACGGCUACGGUGCGGGGAACCCCCUCGGCCCAGCCCAGGGUAUCGGGUACACAAACGAACUCAUCGCCCGCUUAACCCAAACCCCCGUCCACGACCACACGAGCACAAACCGCACACUCGACUUAAACCCCAACACCUUUCCCUUGAACACAACCCUCUACGCAGACUUUGGACACGACAACGGCAUGAUCUCCAUUUUCUUCGCACUAGGUCUAUACAACGCCACACAAGACCUCUCUCAGGAUACCGUCGAAUCCGCAAAGGACGCAGGCGGAUACUCUGCGUCUUGGGCCGUGCCGUUCGCCGCACGUGCGUAUAUCGAGAUGAUGCAAUGUAGUGGGGAAAUGGAGCCUCUUGUCCGCGUGCUUGUUAAUGACCGUGUUACCCCGUUGCAUGGUUGCAAGGCGGAUAAUAUGGGGAGGUGUAAGAGGGAUGAUUUUGUGAAGGGGUUGGGGUAUGCGAGAUCUGGGGGGAAUUGGAAUGGUUGUUUUAAGUGA